CCCGAGCCGUCGGAGCCCGGGGCGGCUCGACAAGCAGCACUGUUCGGAUGCCCCGGGAAGAAUGGCGAUAGCGCGGUGCCGCCCGCACGGGCGGAGAAGCGUCCGCUGGAGCAGCUCUACCGGGAGGGCCCGCUGCUGGGCAGCGGCGGCUGCGGCAGCGUUUACUCCGGGACCCGGCUCGCCGACGGCGCCCCGGUUGCCAUCAAGCGAGUGUCUCGGGAGCGCAUCUCGGAGUGGGCGCGGCUGCACAACGGCGCCCGUGUGCCCCUGGAGCUGGCCCUGCUGUGGAAAGUGUCGCACCCUGGCUUCCGCGGCGUCGUGCGGCUCCUGGACUGGUACGAGCUGCCCGACGGCUUCGCGCUGGUCAUGGAGCGUCCGGAGCGCUGCCAGGACCUCUGGUACUUGCUGGAGGAGCGGGGGUUCCUGGCGGAGCCCGUGGCGCGGGGGCUGUUCCGCCAGGUGCUGGAGGCCGUGCGGCACUGCAGCAGCCGCGGCGUCCUGCACCGCGACAUCAAGGCUGAGAACAUCCUCGUGGACCUGGCCACGGGCGAGGCGAAGCUCAUUGACUUCGGGUGCGGCACGAUCCUCCAGGACACAUUCUACACCCGGAUGUCAGGAACGCCAGAGUACAGCCCACCAGAGUGGAUCCUCUUUGGCUGCUACCGUGGCCAGCCAGCCACCAUCUGGUCCCUGGGCAUCCUGCUCCAUGACCUGGUCUGCGGGGAUCUUCCUUUCCACACCAGUGAGGACAUCAUCAGAGGCCAGCUCUUCUUCCCACCCCGAGUGUCUCAAGAGUGCCAGCACCUCAUCAGGUGGUGUUUAUCCAUGGAGCCCACAGACCGGCCAUCCUUGGAAGACCUUUUUGAGCAUUCUUGGCUGCAGGACCCCCACGUGGCCCAGGAGACAGCAGAGAUCCAUCCCCUGCACAGUAGGAUCCAGAAGCCCAGCAAGUACUAGCUGCAUGCAUCUCUUGGUGCUGGAUGAAAACCCUGGAGCGUUUCCCUGUGGCCACGGCAUGGAGGAGAGAGCACAGCCAAGGAGAUACUUCCGCUGGUCCCCAGUGAGUUGUGGAGGGAGGGGCCCAGUGCUCCCCAUCCUACUGGAGAAUUGGUGGCAGUGCAGUGAAGUUGACAAGGACUGGAGAAAGGGAAACAUCCCCCUGCAGCUCAAUGGCAUCAUGAUGUCCCCGCAAGCCAAGGCACAGCUGGCGUGUUCUUCUGGAGCACGAUGUGGAGCUGGGAACACCAUCCUGGAGCUGGCCUCUGGCUUUGGCUGCGGCCCCUUCCUGGAGGACACGCUCUGCGCCUCAAGGAAAUCAAGAUGAGUCCCCAGCAGGGGCAGGGGGAUGCUCAUGCUCCCAGGCAUGGCAGGGCUUGGCCUGGCCUCACACCAGAGGUUCUCUGCUCGGUGGUGAUGAGGAAUAAUUUUUCCGCUGGUUGCCAAGCUACUUUUUGGUGGGACAGGGGACGGAUGCUGUGGAAGGGGAGCCAGCCAGCUCCUGGCCUUGCUGACAGCUUCUGCCAGCCAGCCUGGCAUGGGCUGAGGCAGGGACAGCCAGCCUGACAAAAGCAUCCAUGCCUGUGGAUGGGGGCAGCAGAGGAGGAUGGGUUCUGAAGCCAUGCCCCAGCUGGUCUGCUUUGCAGGCCCUUGAGGAAGGGGUGUGUUUACAGGCAGGAAAGGUGGGGUUUUUCCCCACCCAUGGAGAGGUUUAAUUCUCGCAUGGAGUGGUCAGACUCUCCUUAGGCCCGUGAUACAGUGAUAAGCUUUGACACUUUUUCUCAUUUCUAGGUCUUCUUUUGAAUUGACUUUCAUGCAAUUGCUCUUUUUUUUUUUUUUUUUCCCCCAGGAAGAUUGCACCUGGUGCCCAGACCAGAUGGGGAAACAUCUUCACUGUCUGUGGAGUGUGUCCAGUGCCAGCGUUGCCCCUGCAGAGGGACAUCCCCUUCAAGAAGGACUAGGAUGUUGUGUAGGAUCAGCUCCUCUCCUGACAGCAGGUCUCCAGGGGCUGCCAGCACUUCAUGCCAUGGAAACAGCACCGCUUGACCUGCUAGUCUGGGAGGGCUGGAGGGUGGCGGGUAUUCAUUUGCUGUCAGAAAUAAAUCGUUUUGUUGUUGUCAUCA